AUGGAGAAACUUGGUCGGACGGCCAAUGUGUCGCUGCAAUACGGUCUAUCACAGAGGUCGUUCGAAAACGAAGCUAGUUCUUCUGCUAUGGAGUUGAAACCCUCCGAUAAUGAUGUUGAUUUCGACGACGUGUUUGGCGGACCUCCGACGCGGACGAGAUACAGUUUUGGUGGUGGCAGGAUUAAAUCGGAGGAGUCCACGAGCUCUUCCAUUGGAUUGGGCGAGAGGCCGGUUUUUGGCGAGUCGUAUAGUUCGCCGAGAAGGCCUACUAGUGAUGAUUUCUAUGAUGAUAUUUUCAGGAGAAGUGACGAGUCUGUCCGAUCUCCGAGCCUGCCUGCCAAGAUGACCAAAGCCAUAGAUAUUCCUAUUCUUGGUUCUAGUAGCAGUAGUCCACACAGAUACAAAGAUGGUGCUUCAAAUGUGCAUUCAUCACUGAAUGUCUCUCUUUCUAGAUUUUCAAGCCCAGCAAUGCAAGGGCGGGAUCUUUUCCAGAAUAAUCCUGGACAGUCUCCUGGUCAAACCUUGUUAUCCCGUGAAUCGUCUGGUGUAAAAGAGUCGCUAUACUCGACACUAUCCACAGAAAAUGGAAUCGACCACAAGUCAAAGCAUACAACAGCAAGAGCAGGAUCUCCAAGCAGCGAAUUUCACUUUUCCAUACACAAAUGGGCCAACAUUGGAGUGCCAUUACUGAUGUCUCUUCGUGGAGGCAAACAGCCUACUAUGAAAGGAAGUAGUAAAGUUAGUGCAGUAUCAAUGGACAGUACCCCAGAUGCUGGCUUUCCAGUUGAAGUUACCUCAGCAGAUAAAGAAGACAUGAACCCUCUUUCUGGAAAUGGUUUAGCAGAAUUAACUGAGAAAGAAAUUUCAAUGGUGAAACAAGAAGUUAAUGAGCAGGAGGUCAUACCUCCACAUUCACCAUUACGCAAUGAGAUCAAAGGACAAGGUGGCAAAGAGGCUGGUAGAGAGGCGGAAGGGAAAGAAACCAAGGAGACAAUGAGUGGUGUGUUACAUUCAGAUGUUGACACCACCAGUAAGAAAAAACUUGAGGCGAAAAAGAUGAAUUCCAGCAAAAAAGCAGAACCAAUUAAACCUGCUGUUGGAUCACCUAAAAGUUCAGGUGAAAGUUUUGGGAAAAGCCGAGUCAAGGGUAUGGUCAAAGAUUUCUUCAAGAUGUCCAAUCAGGAAAAUCCUCCAAAGACCAAAGCAAAUGCUGUUGGCCGAAGUUUGAGCUCUAGAUGGAAAACUACUGCCAAAAACAGAACAGAAUUGGACAGCGAAGUAGCUGAAAUCAUAUCAAAUUUGGAUGUUAGGGUUCCAGCAGCUGAUGUAGAAACCAUGCCAGAUGCAUCAAACACAACAGAAUUGAACAGUGAAGUGCCUGCAGAAAAUGUGAAAACAGCUAGAGAAGCUUCUAGGACAACCCCACUGGAUCGCAAAGUGUCUGCAGGAAAUGUGAAAACAGCGACAGAAGCUUUUAGGACAACCCCAUUGGAUCGUAAAGUGCCUGUAUAUGUGAAAACAGCGACAGAAGCUUCUAGGACAACCCCAUUGGAUCGUAAAGUGCCUGUAGAAUAUGUGAAAACAGCGACAGAAGCUUCAAGCACAACCCCGUUGGAUCGUAAAGUGCCUGUCGACAAUGUGAAUAUGAUGCCAGAUGCUUCAUUCAUGGUGCAGGGACAUGGUGAGAAGUCCAACAAGAAGAAAUUUGCACGGAAUCGUACUAUUAAAAAACUCGAGGAUAUUUACUUUCAGAUGGAUGCUUCACCCGCUUCUGAAUCGGUUCCUUAUGGUUCUAAGGUUACUGUUGAAAACAUAGACGAUCCCUCAUUGGAUAACUUCCAGGUAGAAGAGUUGUCGCUUGUUGAGGACAAACUUUCAGAAACUCAAGAAGAGUCCGAGGCCAUCAGAGCUUUGGACUCGAAGAUCCACCUGUGGUCAAAUGGAAGAAAAGGAAACAUUCGUUCACUACUCUCGACUUUACAACUUGUGCUUUGGCCUGAGAGUGGAUGGAAGCCAGUUGCACUUGUUGAUAUAAUAGAAGCAAAUGCAGUGAAGAAAUCUUAUAAUCGAGCAAUGCUGUGCUUGCACCCUGAUAAAUUACAGCAGAAAGGUGCGGAUUCACAUAAAAAGUACACGGCCGAAAAGGUGUUCGAUAUACUUCAGGAGGCAUGGGAUCAUUUCAGUUCACUUGGUACUCUAGUUUGACCACCGAAGGCCCCAUUCUGUGACCAAUGGCAAUGAUGAUCACCCCACCCCCAAAACAAGAUCAUAUUUGAAUUGUGAAUACCAUCAUUUCGGUUCUGCCUUUCAACACAAAACUAGUUUUCUACCACAAGUUUCAACUACUUGCAUCUUCUAUACGAACUUGGACUUGUAGUACAACUAUAUAUAUACAUAAUACCUAUACAUAUACAUGUAUAUAUAUAUAGUGAGAGAUUUGGGAUUAUGAGGGAAAUUAUUUUUAGUGAGAAGUGAUGAAGGUACCCUUAUAUUGAGUAAAGGUUAUGUUGUAUUUCUAUGAAUAUGGUAAAGUUAC